CUGCAGCGCGCUCACUCACUCGCUUAGCUCCACCUGGAUUAAAAGCAGUCGCUUUAGCAGUGAGACAGGAGCAAAGGGGGAGUUUCACUUCGCACUUACUGUGCGUAGACUUCAGCCCACCCACUUCACCACUGACACACGCGCGCACUCUCUCUCAUUGCUUCACUUCAGCGCCUCCACUGAGUCCCAUCUGCACGUAUGCACGGGAGCAUGGCAGCCGCUCAUGGCGAGUAUAGAGGCUACCUGCGCACGACCGUGGACGUGGAGGCCGGCCACCACCGCCUCCACCCGGCGGCCGGCUCGGAGCACUCGCACCGGUCGCUCCUGUACGGCACCUUGUUGAUCAUGGGAUUGCUCCAGGUGGCGUCCAGCGUGGCCAUCCUGCUGCACCUGACGGGAUAUUUGCAAGAGGUAGAUCUGACCACUGCUCCACGUCGGCCCAUUGAAGAAGUACAGACGGAGCCGGUGCUGAACGCGCUGAGAGCUCCCAAGAAAAACCGACGCUUGAAGAACCAGAAGGAGAGCCCACCCUCCGCCCACCUUCCCAUCGAGGUGCAUCAACAGUUGGCUAAGCCGGGUGAACCGAGUGCAAUCCCUAUCGACUGGGACGAGGUGCACGGGUACCGUCACAGGAUGGACUACCAGAAGGGCAAACUGCUGGUGGUCAAGUCGGGCUUCUACUACGUCUACGCCAAAACCUGCUUCCGCUACUACGAUUUACCUGGGGAUGGAAGCCAAAGCGGCGGGCCCUACAUGGACGUGAGCAACACGCAGCUCAUCCAGUACAUCUACCACGAGCGCAUUAAUAAGCACAGCAAAGCGGACCUGUUGAUGAAGACGGGCAGCACCAUGCGCUGGGACAACUCCAGCUACAAUAUGUACUGCGCCCAGCAAGGCCGAGGCCUCUGGCUGGAUCAAGGAGACGCCUUAUACGUCACUGUGUCCAACGCAUGGAUGCUGGACCCCGAUGGAGUGGGGACGUACUUUGGGGCCAUUAAGUUGGGUAACUGAAAAUGUUGACGCUUGGGACGGCGCCAUGCUACUGAAGUGACCCCAAAGAACCACUGAUAUUGUGCAUUUAUAGUUUCACCACAUAGCCACAAACAAAACCACACUCGAUUCGGUCCAAUGUAGCGCUGGAUACUUUUUUUUUUUAAACUCAUGUUAUUCACAUUUUAAUUUGUUGUUUGUUUUUAUGCACUGAUGAGACGACAAAGGGCGCAAAGUGAGGAGAUGUUGGCCAAGAAACUCAUCAGUGUCAUCAUGGAAAUACUGAAGCUGAUCAAGCAUCUGUUUGCAUUUUAACAUCAGCCGGACCAAAAUAUUCCUCGGCCGCAGCUGUCAGUGUUUUUCUGGAAAAAAAACAACGAUUUUCGAGGGUAUGAUCGAGGUGGGCCAGAUGAGGUGCCUUCUUGACGUCCACGUUUACAUACAAAUCACUGACUCCAUAACAGUUGUGCCUGGAGUAUUCCAUGCUGUUGCUACAAUGCCUAAAGUCAUAUGUCAGCUAUCAUUUUUGUCCCAAAUCAAGCAAUGGGGUAUAUGAAGAUACUGUACCUCAGAAAUAUGCCAACCCUAUGAUGUCAAUUUAACAUUUAUUGCCCUUUUAAAUGUUCCCACUCAUGUGUGUGAGCUGGAGCCUAUCCCAGAUCACCUUGGCUGAGAGGCGGGGUGUCAUUUUGACAAAUAGUCACUUUGGUUGGAAUUGGAACAUUGAGGUCCAUGUCAACAUCAGUCCCUUACUCUAAACCACAAUUGGUUGAUUCAACUGCGACUUUGGCUCGUUUUUUUUUAUUUGAAUAUAGUGUCUCAAAUGAUGAUAUUCACAUUGUGACAUUUCUGACUGCAUUCCCACAAGCAACAUGAUUGGUUUCCUGUGUGUGACGAUCAACAAGCGAUGCAGAUAGCUGGACUGUCUGUUCUUGAAUGACACGAAAAGACUCUUUAAAAAAAAGGACGAGCCAAAUCGACUUUGGUUUGUCUUUAACUUAUUUUUCUCUCGGUUUUCAUUUGGCUCUACAGUGAGGUAAAUGGGAAUAUGCACUAACUAUUUAUUUAUUAGCUAUAGGAGUACAGAGGCGGGUCACUGUUAAAGUGACUUUUCAGCUGUAAAAAAAAAAGAAGUAAAAAAUUCAUGUAUAUUUUAUGCCUACAGCAUUCAUUAUGCAGCACUUAGAAAAUAGUAGGCACGCUUUUUUUUUUUCUCAAUUAAAAACACAGGAGCUUCAGCUCUAAUUCCAUAUUUAUGUAUCUCCGUUUUGACAAUUGUGUGUGCACUCGCCUAGCGGAAAGCGAUGUAGAUUUAUUGUUUAUUCCACAAGAUAGUAACGUACCGGAUUUCAACUGAUACAUUUUUCUCAGUCUGAUUUUCUUUUUAUUUAUGGUUGUGUAUGUUUAAAUAAAAAAAUACUACUUUUGUAA